GUACAAUAAAUAAAAAAAAAUGAGACUCUCUCCUAUCUUACCGUGAACUAAGAAAUAAAUUUAACAGGGCAUAUACAAAUCAAAACCAAUAUUUAUUAAUUCUCAAAAUUAGCGCACCUAUGAAGUUUGAAACUACGAAAACUCAAAAUUGACAAAACAGCUAGAACAAGUUUCUGAUACAAUCGUUACUGUAAAUGAUUACGAAUUUGUCGAGUCUCAGUUUGAUAGCUACAAGCAAGCCGUUUAGACUGGCUUGCCUUAAUACGUAUACAGAACAUACGGCACGUGCACGUAAAUUCAAGAAAUUCAAUUGUUUUAAGUUAGAAUUGGUGAAAUGUGGAUAAUAUUAUAUUUGCCGUUUAUAUUGUGCACGAUUCUUUAUGCAGUGACCGCAUUGUACGGACACAGAUUGAAACGCCUAAAUUAUUAUUUUAAAAUUUUUCUAUUCUAUUUUUUGAUCUUCCUAAGUUCUAUUGUUGUUAUACCGCCGUUCUUGCUGAGGCCAAGGGACGUAAAGAAUGGAACCAUUUACGCUCGUGUGAUGAAGCAUAUGAAUAAACUAUUAGGUAUUGAAUGGCACAUUCGAAACGGAGAAUAUCUGUCUGGCGACUACGGAGCCGUCAUCUUAAAUAACCAUCAAUGUAUUUUCGAUGCACUUGGGAUGUUCAAUGCGUGGGAAAUUGCGGGAAAAAUGUGUGUAAUAAUGAAGAAAGAAUUAUUUUACGCCGGUACCUUCGGAAUAGCAGCUUACCUGGGCGGCGGGAUAUACAUAGAUAGAAAAAACCCAAAAAAUGCACAUAAAACCAUCCAAGACACCAACGAAGCAUUAACUAAAAAUAAGACAAAAAUAUGGAUAUACCCCGAAGGAACGAGAAAUAAGAAUCCAAACAGAAAAUUACUGCCUUUCAAGAAAGGGGCAUUCCAUAUGGCAAUUCAGUCGCAAGCUCCAAUCAUUCCCGUUGUAUUCUCGCCGUAUUAUUUUAUGGACAGUAAAACGUUUACUUUUGACAAAGGUCAUAUUAUUAUCCAGUGCUUAGAGCCUAUACCUACAGCUGGUUUGACGACAGACGAUAUCGGAAAACUAUCUGACCGGAUACAUGAAAGCAUGUCGAGUACCUAUGAAAAACUCUGGGACGAAAUUAUGACCAAAAAUAAGUGAAACACGCUAUUUUAAUUGCAAGUGCAUAAAAAGAAAUCAAUUUGUUAUUUAAUUAUUACUCAGAUUCACUUUCUCACAAACAGCCGGUUAAUAGACGUACCUAUAUACGUUUUUAAUUUAUUUAUUGAUUUAAAGUUAAUAUUUAAGACAUUUCCAAAUGGUGUGGUUGGUG